GCGUCCUUGCGCAAUUGAAAAUCAAGCGCAUGCGCCGAAGGGACACUGGGUGGUUCUGCUUUGAAAGGACUACUGAGUGUGUGCUAUUCAGUCACGUUGCCGCGAUGGUCUCGGCUACCCCUGUGCCGGUCAAAAAGCCAAAUCGAAUAAAACGUUAUUUUAACGUCGACUAUCACUUAUUGAUAUGUUGUUCACUGGCGAUUGCCGUGUACGCGAAUACUCUGAAUGCUGGAUUCGUGUACGACGACAAUCAAGCAAUAAUAGCAAACGAAGACAUAAGAUCGUCAACCUCGGGCUCGAACCUUUGGUGGAAUGACUUUUGGGGCACGCCGAUGGGUACGGGAAAUUCACAUGGAUCGUAUAGACCAAUCACCGUUCUUACAUACAGAUUAAAUUACAGGUUUUCGGGCCUGAAGGCCACGUCGUACCACGCUACUAACGUGGCGCUACACGGGCUGGCCACCGGCCUGGUGCUGUCCGUCGCUCGGACGGUGACGUGCCGGCGCGGCGCCCUGCUGUCCGCCGCCCUGUUCGCGGUGCACCCGGUGCACGCGGACGCCGUGGCCUCGGUGGUCGGCCGGGCCGACGUGCUGUCGUGCGUGUUCUUCUUGCUGUCGUUCCUGUGCUACGGCCGGCACGUGCGGGCCAGGGACGGCCACCGUGCCCAUCACGGCCAACCGCAGCAAGGGCCCGGCUGCCGGCGGCCACAGCCGUGCUGCGCCAAAAGCGGCGCCGGACGUCCGGCGACCGCUUAUCUGGUGUUUUGCGUGCUGUUCGCGCUCCUGUCCAUGCUGUCCAAGGAAAACGGUAUAACCGUUAUGGCCGUGUGCAUCGGAUACGAACUCAUGCUGAGGCUGAGGUCCAUCAAGAAGUGGAACAAGGUUACUGCGGACCAGGAUUACAAGAGAACGCUAAAAGUGCUGGUGACCAGUACCGCGGUGAUGGUCGCAGGCCGGUUGUGCGUCAUGUCGGGCGCGGUUCCGUCGUUCGCGGCGUCAGACAAUCCGACGGCCAAACACCCGGACCCGAUUGUCAGGGCGCUGACAUUCCUGCACCUGCCCGUGGUCAGUGCCCAGUUGCUUGUGUGGCCACAAGUGCUCAGCUACGACUGGUCGAUGGACGCGGUGCCUCGGAUCGAGUCGGCGGCCGACCCACGGAACGUGGCUACCGUGCUAUUCUACGCGGCCCUGGCGGCUGUCGCCCGCGCUUCCGUCCUCCGGAAAUGGACUGCCGUGGCCUUAGCCGCCACCGUGUCCGUCGCCUCGUACAUUCCAGCGUCCAACGCCUUGUUCUACGUCGGUUUCGUGGUGGCCGAGCGCGUGCUGUACAUACCAAGCGUGGGCUACUGCUUGUUGGUUGGCUGUUCGGCCGCCGCGCUCGCCAAGUCAACCAGUGGUCGCCGGUCAACCGUCGUGUACGCACUGUAUGCCGCGACGGUGGCCACAUACGGUCUGCGGACCGUGCUCAGGAAUCGCGAUUGGCACGAUGAAGAAUCCCUUUACCGGUCCGGUAUCCAAGUAAACCCUCCAAAAUCCUACGGAAAUCUUGGUUCGAUACUCAGCUCUCAAGGCAGAACGAAUGAAGCAGAAAUGGCAUACCGAUCCGCACUCAAACACCGGCCCAACAUGGCUGAUGUACAUUACAAUCUUGGAAAUCUAUUAAGGAAUAACAAAAAUUAUGAAGAAGCAAUUUUGAGCUACAGGUCGGCGAUCAAUUUCAGACCUACAUUAGCGUUGGCCUAUUUGAGUCUGGGCGAUUGUUUGGCAGCUACUAAUCGAUACACUGAAGCCGAAGCAGUGUUGAAAAAGUGUCUAUGUUUGGACGGAUCCAAAGUAAAAGACAUUAGAUCACAUGUUGCCGCUAAAAAGUCAUGCGUGCUACGAUUAGGCAGAAUGUUCGCAACGAUUGGAAAACACCAAGAAGCCGUAAAAGUGUUUAAAUCGAGCAUCAAAACUGAUGAAUCUUCGUCGCAGGCAAUGCUGUACGCCUUGGCAGACUCCCUCUCGGCGCUUGGCAGAGACGCGGAAGCCGAGCUCUACUACAGACAGUUGCUCCGGGUCAACCCUACAGACGUGUCCGCCUUCCUGACGUACGGCGAUCUCUUGGCCAAAAACAGGUCGAGAGUAUCCGAGGCGGAAGAAUGGUACGGCAAAGCGCACAAAACAGCGCCGGACGACCCGAUGGUGCGGACUAGAUACGCUGAUUUCCUAUCUUCCGUGGGUAGGUUGGACGAUGCGGUGGAGCAAUACGAGGCGGCCGCGGAGCUGGCUUCUGAUGACCACGAGAUCGUGGUCAAAACGGCUACGACGCUACGCAAGGCCGGCCGGACAUUUGACUCGGAGAAGUACUACAGGUGGGCCGUGCGACUUUACCCUCAGGACGCAGCGAGCCACAGCAAUUUGGGAGCUAUACUUCACAUCAACAACAAAUUAGACGAGGCAGAACGUUCGUAUAAAAACGCGUUACGACUGCAGCCGGACGACGCGACCACGUUGGCAAAUCUUCGGAAACUCAAAAACGUCCAUCACAAUCAUCGGCACACGGUUAAAUGAACGAUAUCCACCAUCUGUAAAAUUAUAAAGGUUCAUCCCAGCCGUGGUCAUCAUAUCGUCGCCAAUUUCCUACAAUACAUUAUAAAUCAUAUUAUUCUAUUUAUUUCGUUAUUUUCCAUUGAACACUUAUGCUUUUUCGUAUCUUUUUGUUUUGUAACAAUAUUUUAUGAUGUUAAUUCUUUCUUUACGUUUUUUUUUUUUUUCAAAACAAUACUCGUUGACAUUAUUACAAUAUUAUAUAUAUAUAUAUAUGAA